AUGCACUGUAAAUUCUGUGAAAAAUUCGAUAAAUCGGGCAAAAGAAACAGUUUUCGUAAUCCAGGUUGCGGUUCUAUUCGACUACAAGAAGUUAAAGUUCAUGAGGCAAGUGAGCAACACGUCCGAUCAGAGGCGGCGGAACUAGCCUCAGUAUGUGCCCCCAAUAAAUUACCAAUAAUUGAAGCAGUCUUAAAAAUGGAACAAAAUCAAAAAGUACACAUGAGAAUAUUGUUUAAAAUAGCUUUCUGGUUAGCCCAGAAGGGCAGUCCAUACACAGACUUUGCAAGAAUAAUUGAAUUACUUCAAGCAAUUAGAGAACCUAUUAGUGACAGCUACAAAAAUGACAAACAAGCAAAAUGUUUUAUAUCAUUUAUUCAUAAAAUGAUGAAUCAACAGGUUGUGGCAGACUUGGAAGAAAGUGAAUUCUUUUCUGUAUUGUGUGAUGGUACAACAGAUGUAAGCACAAGAGAACAGGAGAUUGUGUAUGUUAGAUUUCUGAGACACGGAAGACCACAAACUCAGUUUAUUACUUUGAAGUGUGUGGAAAAGGCAGACGCAGAGCACAUCAAAGAGGCAUUAGUGGAAGUCUUUGAAAAUGAUUUGAGAUUGUCAGGAGAUGCUAUUGGAUGGAAGUCUGGUUUGAUAGGUGCAUCUUUCGAUGGGGCAUCUGUGAUGAUGGGACAUAGGAAUGGGGUGUCUAUUACACUGAGGGAAUCCGUGCCACAUCUUAUUAGUAUCCAUAGUUCUGCCCAUAGACUAGAACUUGCAGUCAAGGACACCAUCAAGAUGGUUAGCUACAUGAGUGUGUUUGAUGAAGUUCUUCAAGCUGUGUUCAAGCACUACAAGAACUCUGCUAAGAACUUCAGUGAAUUGAGACAAACAACAAAUGCACUGAACUGCAAAUUAAUGAGGCCAGUCAAUCUGUAUGGGACCCGAUGGUUACCACACCACGAGAGAGCUGUUAAGUCCAUGGAGGUGUCUUAUCAGGUGUACUCAACUCAUCUAGAGAACACUGCCAGAUCAGGUAACAAAGAGCAGAAAGAAAAGGCCAGGAGUAUUCUAAAAAACUUGUAG